UGCAAAUUCACGUGUCACUGACAAUGUUUAUUUUCCUCGCAUCAAUAACGAAAGUACAUUUUAAGGAAAACUAUUUCCUUCUGUUUACAUGUUUAACCUGAGCACUGAGCGUAUUCUCUGUAGACAUUUGGAACUAAUCUGAUUGCUUUUAUGGUAGAAGAGAAUUUAGUAACAACAUGAACCCACGCCAACAACCUGCCAGAUUUAGAGGACGUUAUACAAGGCCCGGCCCACCACGUGGUGGUCGGGGGUUCAAACCCAGAACACCGCAGAGAGAAGAGUACAGUAGCCCUGGCGCGGGAUAUAGCAUGCCCCCUUGUAACCAAAGAGAUUUCUACUACAAUCCUCAAUCCCAACAGACGCCAGUUUAUCAACAAGCCUUCAACUACGGACAGUAUUCAGCAUCGGGACCGUGUCCGCAAGUGGUGCCACCAUAUGUUCAGCCGCACCCUUUCCUCCCUCAACCAAUGAAUCAUUAUCAGCAAAUUACACCACCCCCUUAUUUGCCACCAACAGUAUCAAAUAUACACUCUAGUUACACACAAGAUGUACACGAGGCAAGGAAACCAAUACAAGGAAAUGCAACCAUAUCUGAGAGGGAUCCUGUUGAAUUUUUGUCGGAACUACGACCGCUGACAACUUUUCUUGAGAAAACUACAACUUCGGGUCAUAUAUGUUUCGCUGUUGAAGUUGACGGUCGCGAAUUUAAAGGCUAUGGCUUGACUAAGAUAGGGGCCAAACAAAAUGCAGCAAUUGAUGCCUUAAGACAUACGUUCAAUAUCGUCUGUACAAACACAGUGGACUCGGAUUCUGACAACGAGAGCAUUGCCAGUGAAGUUUCAAACGCAGACAGCAUAGCAAAUCCUAGACAGACCAGAACAAUUCAGAGGUUCUCGGAUGUUCAAGACGAAAUGGAAAAAAACGUAUUCAUCUUUCUUGUCAAAGAAUGUGGUGGCUGCACUAGUACUGCAAUAUUUAAAGAAAAAUUCAAUGGCCUUCGGGAAGAUUUCGAUGAGUGGAUAUUGAAUAGAAAAACCAUAUUGGCUGUUUACAAGAAAGCUGGAAAGGCAACUUACAUUGCCCCUCUCUUUAAAGGUGCCAAGGUUUGCUGUUUUUAUGGAGGUAACAAAUCUUGUAGGAAUCAAACCUGCUGGCAUUUUCAUAUAUGCAAGUUUGAUCUUUUUGGGCGCUGUAAAAAGGGUAUAAAAUGUCGGUUUGAGCAUAAUUUCGAAACAGGAAAUAACAAGGACAUUAAGUUUAGAUUGGGCCUUGAUGAAUUUUCGGAUAGAGAAAUCAAAAUAAUUCUGCAAUGUAGAUAUCCUCAAGUAUGCCCUGCCUCGCAAUGUGAAGCACCAACUCCAUUUGAUUGUCCGUUUCUUCACACUUGUUUCAAUUUUUUAAAAAACAAAUGUAAGGAUUCGAAGUGUGAAAAAGGUCAUACAUUGUCAGAUCGUCACAAUAAGUGGGUUCUAUCUGUUUAUGGAAUGAAAAAAUGGUCAGAAGAAAAACUAAACCCUCUGAUUGGUUUGCGGAAAAUACCUAAUGAUGAUACAAAAAUAGUACAUGUAUCUCCUGAUGAAGAACACGAUCUGGCAUCGGAUUUUGAGUCCUUUUUGGUAGAGAACGAAGCAGAAGGAGAGGAUGACAAAAAUGUGGAUGUUUAUAAUGGUGUAGGUCACAGGUUGAAACUAAAAUGACUAUCUGACUCUAAUAUGACUACUGAAAAGGUAAUUGAAUUACAUAUCAUUCAUUCCUCUUUCCAGACACUCAAUUUAGCUUUCAAUUUCAACGGCACAUGUUCAUGUUGGAAGUGGAAUAAUUGAAAAAUUAAAUCAAAGCGGGAGAGACUUAUUUUCUGUACAUUAACAGAUUUGGACCACUUCACAUUAUCCACUGGUCACUACUGAGACAGAGACUACGUUGAAGCACUAAGGACCAAAUAUAGCACUCAACUGGCUGAAUUGCACAUUUUGUCAUCAUCAACAGAUAUAGACCUCUGCACAUUAACCAUGGCCCACUAUAUAGGAAAAGAGAUAGACUUGUAGCACAAAGGACCAAUCUCAGGAUUAAAAUCAGGAUUAAAGUUUUCAACAUUACGUUAAAAAUAUUUAACCAAUGAACCCACAUUUCUGAGCACAUUUAUACAAAACUUAAAAUAACUAUAUUCACCAGUUAGUGAUGAUAUCAAUAACUUGCAUUAAAGUGAUUUUUCGUUAAAAUGGGCAUUACAUACGUUUAUUUUUCCCAUUGAUAUUUCAUUAAAUUUAAUUCGUUUAGUUAUCAUGGAGUGAAAUUUCGAUAGACUAUUACUGAAAACAUAUUGUAAAAACGUUCAAGAUUACAUUCCUUUAUUUGUUAUUCAUUUGCAAUAUUUUCUAUCACAUUUUAAAUUAAAAAAAGAUUGAUAAAAUUGACUCACUUCAACUGAAGUUUUACUCCAUGUCAUAUGUCACUCAUGCUUAUAGUGAUAGUUACUAUUGUGUACGAUUCUUAUGAUGCAUCAUUAUCGGGAAUUAGUCUUGGGAGUUUCGAUAUUUUUUAUUCACACUACCGGCGGGCGGCAAAAGUUCAAAUAAAAUGCUUUUAUACCAUC